AUGCUAGAACAUUCUGGGGUAGAAGCGAGCAUGGAGAUUGUUUGUGGGACGUCAUUUUUGGACAUCCUCGUGGGUUUCGACAAUGUUGCUUUUUUUGCAUAUUGUUUGAUUAGAGGUCAGUUCUCAGACAGCAGCACUAUUGUUUUAGAGGGAAUCACCCUCUCAUUGGAGUUGGGGUACAACAAGAGACUUCAAAAGGGCAUGGAGUCUGCAAAUUUGCAAGCCUCGGACAAUGCAAAUAUUGUACUUGAGCCUCGGCUCAUUAAGAGUUUUCUUCCACCUCAACUUGCCAUAGAACCUUCCAUCCUAAAGAACCACCCUAAGGAUAAUUUCGUUGGAGAUCAUAAUAGUUGGGUUUGA